CGAAACUAUCUCACUUAUGAAAAAGGAACUGCAGGAUCCUACAAUCCUAAAGCUUUUUAAUAUGACCUCUAGAAUGACGCCUACUGACUCAGAAAAUGCGAAGGAGCUAGAAAACGCCAUUGACUUUCUAUCCAGCGAAGUUGUUAAAAGGCUGGCUUCGAAACAAAACGCUAUAGUGUAUAAUGUACCAGAUAGCGAGCCCAUUAAGUCGGUCCAGCACUCAUUGCUGAAGGCUGCAAAUCUCUUGAGUGCACCUUGUCAGUGCAUUCGCCUAAGUAAAAAAGACCUAAAGCAUCCCUGUCCUAUACUCUUUAGGUUCGACAGCUACAUAAUAGCUGAACGAUUUAAGAAGGCCGAAGAUCUUCUGGCUACUGCCACUAAAUUCAAGACUAUUAAAGUAGUCUCGGAUAAAACAACUAACCAAAGGCAAGCAACCAAGAACUCCUUCGAUAGAAAGUUGACCACACCGAGAACUACACCUGGUAUCAGUGCUAAAGUGUCGACGGACACUGAAGCACAGCAAGUCACCUGUAUAGUGUUGGAAAAAAAAUCGGCAAGUAAAAGCGACUCGAAACUCAGUAAGAGCAGUGUCACUGGGUGCAAUCCUAAAGUACAUGAGAGCACAUCUGGAAAACCUGCUGACAUACAUGAGGUUGAUAUUGACUCACAAACUAUGUCUGACCAGAAACCACUGGCAGACCACACUCAAUCUGGAUGCAAGCCCGAGAGUCCCGCAGUAGAAACUGCAAGAAAGACGACAAAGCCUAGAGUCCCACUCCAGACUUCGACAUACCUCCCUCUCAAUAAGUCUAAUAAGCAACAUGUCAGUCUAAAAAAAGACAAUGCAUGGGUAAAAAACCAUAUUCCCAAAAAAGUCAUCCAUCAUGUGAAUGAGAACACCCCUUCCCGAACUAGGAGUAAUAUGCCUAGCAACGCACAUAACUUGGGAAUGCAACGUAGAACGGAUCAUCAGGAUAUAAGGAGCACUAAACGGGGCUCGUAUAGGCACCAUAUUAAUGCAUAUUCUUGUCCAAACUCUCACACUAUCUAUGUUGAACCUCAGCAACAUAAUGAGUAUAGAUCGACACAUGACCCUCUCAAUAACUUCACUCACACAUGUGAUGUGAGCCAAUAUGCAUACGACUAUGAAAGACCCAUGAGGUACAACUACCAAGGUAAUCUUAACACAGGGUACCUAGGUCAAGCAAACUAUAUAUCACCAGUAAAUGAACGCAGAUGCCCACCCAUGGAUGCUAAAAGUCAAAACAUGCAACAGGAUUAUUUUCGGAUGCAGCAAACAAUAGCCCCACUCGCUGCACAAUUCAUCCAGGAAAUAGUACACACACUGACUCUGUCUCACCUCAGAGCCCCUCCAAACAUAACGUAGGAAUAGUAACAAGUAACCAUGUUAACCUCUCCCCCAAUAACUCUGGUUUACUAACGAUUAUGCUCCUGAAUGCUAGAUCUCUCCUUAACAAAAUAACAUCGCUUCGCUGCCUGGCAUACAUAGAACGGCCAACACUAAUAAUGGUGACUGAAACCUGGCUUACUACUGAUAUACCUGACUCAAAGCUAGUAAUAGACAACUACGACAUCUAUAGGAACGAUAGAGUUGACAAAAGAGGAGGCGGCUGCUUAAUAUAUGCCUCUAAAUCCACUAACUCCAAUACUUUCAAUAACCCAACUACUGACAAACUCCCUGAAUCUAAGUGGAUAAGCAUCCACACAAACGAAAAUAAAAUUCUCGUGGGAUGUAUAUACAGACCCCCUAAUAGCCCUGAAAUGACUGAUAUAGCUAUUGGAGAAAUACUAGAGCAUGCAGCUACGCUGGACUUUGACUACAAAGUAGUCUGUGGCGAUUUCAACUUACCUGGAGUAAACUGGGAUACCUGUACAGGACCUAGAAUCCAUGACGAGCUACUACAAGCUAUAGACGUAGGCGGAUGGAAGCAGUGCGUACGCCUCCCUACAAGAAAUGA